AUGCAGAACAAGCCGGAACAGGACAGGAAUCAGGAGGCGACGGUGUACCUGCUGACCCCAGCGAACGUGUUCCUCCCGAAAGAUCGCAUCUCGAUGCAGCACCAGGGCUUCGGGUUCUGCGAGUUCCUGUCCGAGGAAGACGCCGACUACGCGUGCAAGAUCAUGAACCAGAUCAAGCUGUUCGGCAAGCCGAUUCGUGUGAACAAGGCGAGCUACGACAAGAAGCAGCUCGACGUCGGCGCCAACCUCUUUAUCGGAAACCUCGACCCGAGCACAGAUGAGCAGGCGCUGUACGACACGUUCUCGACGUUCGGCGCAAUCGCGGAGCAGCCCAAGAUCGCCCGCGACCCAGCCACGGGAGAAUCCAAGGGCUACGGCUUCGUGUCGUUCCACGACUUCGAGGCGAGCGACAUGGCGAUCGAGAACAUGAACAACCAGUUCCUCGGCGGCAAGCAGGUCUCGGUGCAGUACGCGUUCAAGAAGGACGGCAAGGGCGAGCGCCACGGUACGACGGCGGAGCGUCUGCUCGCUGCGCAGGCGAAGAAGACGUCGGGCGGAUUCUUUGGAUCAACGACGCCAGCGUACGUCCCUCCUCCUCCGCCGCCGGCCGCCGCGCCGGCACCGGCAGCCCCCGCCCUGCCGGCAGGUUUCACGCAGGCGAACGUGAUCGGUGCUCCGGCUGGUGCUCCCCCACCUCCGCCCGGCGCGCCCGCUGCUCAGGCAUACCAGCAGUAUCCGGGGUACGAGCAGUACUACGCUCAGUACGGCGCAAACGGAUAUCAGCAGCAGGGCCAGUACCCGCAGCAGGGGCAGGGGCAGCAGCAGUACGGCGGCCAACAGCAGUAUGGCGGCCAGCAAGGUGGACAGGGCGGACGGGGAGGACGGGGCCAGCAGCCGCCCCCGCCGCCGCCGAUGCGGAUGGGCUUCUAG